CGCUUGUGUGUUGCGAUCUUUGUUUUUCUCCUUCACGAUAAAUUCGGUUAUUAUUUGUUCAUCUUAUUGACAUUUUGUACAUACUAUUUUUGUUUAUUAACAAUGAAUUAAUAUUAAUUUAGAAGAAUUAAAUGAUUUAGAGCGAUUUUUUUACAACAUUUAAUCGAAAUUUUAUGUCGAAAGUUUAGCGCGCAAAUCCUAACAACAUUAAUAUUAAUUGUCUAUGUUCUGGCUUUGUUUUGCAUUUAUACAUUUAUUACAAAUAAAGGAAUCGCCGUGCAAUCGUCGAUUAUUUUUUUUGUACUGAGACUGGAGUUCUUCACUAAUUAGUGAAAAGUUUAAUUUUUUAUUCUCCCGUUCGUGCCCCAUGUGGGUUUUGAUCUACUUUUGAUUGAGAAGUUUCAAUGAAACGUGAGUCCUUGGAAGCAAGAGAAAUGAGAUUGCGUAAACACAGAGAAAGAACAGCUCAGAAACGUGCAUCAGAAUCAAAAGAAGAACGUGAUGAACGUUUGAGGAAGCAUAGAGAACGAACUGCCUUGAGAAGAAUGCAGGAAACCAUGGAGGAGAGAGCCGUCCGCCUACAGAAGCAUCGUGAACGAACUGCCCAGAGAAGAGCCAUGGAAACCCUUGACCAAAGACAAAGAAGGUUGGAAAAGCAAAAAGAACGAGCCGUUCAACGAAAAAUGAUGGAAUCGCCAGAAGAACGUGAAGUUCGACUACAAAUUCACCGAGAGAGAACUGCAUUGAGGAGAGCCCAAGAAACUCCUGAACAGAGGGAAAGACGUCUUCAAAGACAAAAGGAAAAAGCAGUUCUAAACAAGCUGGAAGAAAGUAAGGAACAGCGAGAAAUACGGUUACAAAAGCAUAGAGAACGCACAGCAAUGAGAAGAGCAAUGGAACCCAAGUCACCUAAUCGAAGGCCCAGAAAAAAGAGGGAACCUAAAACAGAACCAGAGGAGUUGACGGGAUCUGAUUCUAACCUUCAUCCACCUCAAAUUCCUUCCCAACAACCACCGCCACCACCACUAUCUCAGCAGCAACAACAACAACAAUCUCAACAACAGCAGCAGCAGCAGCAGCAACAACAGCAGCAACAACAACAACAGCAGCAACAACAACAGCAGCAGCAACAACAACAACAACAGCAGCAGCAACAACAACAGCAGCAGCAACAACAACAACAGCAACAACAACAUAUUCAGGCUCAACACCAACAUUUGCUGCAGCAACAGUUGUUACAUCAGCAACAACAGCAGCAACAACAACAACAAUCUAACCAACAAACUCAUAUGCAACAAGCAGUUUUGCAGCAAGCUCAACAGCCCCAACACUCCCAGCACAACCAACUUCAUCAACAGCAGCAACAACAACAGACUAUUGCCCAGCAACCGGCCCACCAGCAACAGCAGCAACAACCACAUCAGCCUCUACCAUUGAAACAGGAAAUGCUUCCAAUUGAGCUAACCAUCAACAGUCCUCUGCAGUUUGUCACCCAGCAACAACAUGCUGCCCUGGCUCUUGGAGGCAUCAAGGAACCGUUGCUCUUGAGUGGACAGUUAGUGAAGGGUGAACCGGGCAACUUGUUGGACCCACACCAACUCAACCUACAGUCACAACUCGACUACAGCAUGAACAGCAUGAUGGCUUACAGAAGAGCUUACUUGAAUGGCAACAUCCCCGAUACUUGCCACAUGGGUCCCUUCACUUACAACUGCUAGGAGGAGGGGGUUCCUCCCUGCUGAAUGAACUCUUCUAUCUAAUUAUGAUUACCUUUCUAUUGCGUUUGCGUUACGUUACGGGUUCAAAUACUAUGUACGGGUUCAAAUACUAUGUUUCAAUAAAAUUUUAUAUUGAAAAGAGA